CACGCUCCCCAAUGGCGUCCACUAUUUUCACACUCACACACGUCACACUCUCUGCUUUUGAGUUCCAUUGAAAAAAAAAAAAAGAAAGAAAAGCUGAAGAGGGAAAGAAAGAUCUGCAAUAAAAAGAUUCACUUGGCAUAAAUAGAACUAGGGCUGUUGCAUUUUCUACAGAAGGAGCUGAGGAAAAGUGAGGAAGUGCCGAAAGGAGGAUUUUUCACUGAUCACCAUGAACAUCUUCAAGAAGAAAACCUCUCCUAAAGAUUCCCUCAGGGUUAGUAAGAGAGAAAUGGCUGUUGCCACCAGAGGUAUUGAACGUGAAAUUGCAUCUCUUCAAUUAGAGGAAAAGAAGUUGGUGGCAGAGAUCAAGCAAACAGCAAAAACUGGAAAUGAGGCUGCUACUAAAAUCUUAGCACGUCAACUUGUUCGGCUGCGGCAACAAAUAACAAACUUGCAAGGAAGUCGUGCCCAAAUUAGAGGUGUAGCUACCCAUACACAGGCGCUAUAUGCUAGCACAUCAAUUUCUACAGGGAUGAAAGGAGCAACUAAGGCUAUGGUCGCUAUGAAUAAGCAAAUGGCUCCUGCAAAACAAGCUAAAGUAAUAAAAGAAUUCCAGAAGCAGUCAGCACAACUGGAUAUGACGAUUGAGAUGAUGUCCGAGUCUAUUGAUGAAACUUUAGACAAAGAUGAGGCUGAAGAAGAAACAGAGGAGCUUACUAACCAGGUGCUUGAUGAGAUUGGUGUCGAUAUUGCAUCUCAGUUAUCUUCAGCUCCAAAGGGACGGAUCGCGUCAAAGAAUGCUUCUAAUGCUGUUAAAAGUGUUGAAUCUCCUAAUGUUGAGGAUCUUGAAAAAAGUGCUGACUCUUCUGAUGUUGAGGAUCUUGAAAAAAGGUUGGCCUCCCUUCGACGUAUUUGACCUAUUGAACAUAGUCUUCUUUAUGUAAAUUUUCUU